AUGGCAUCUCAGAGCGGCGCCGUUGACGUGCCCGCCAUGGCGGAUCGAGUACAGCAACUACGCGCUCGCCUGUUCUCCUUAUUUUCAGGGGAUUCCCCGUCUGGCUCCCGCGACAUGGACGAAUCUUCCAAACCACCGUCCUCUCCAUCGGAAAUACGCAUAUUCGCUCCUAGGCCAGGUGGAAAUGGUCACGGCGGACGUAUCGUCCUGCCGGGGAGAAGAUCUAUCUCAUCGACUGGCUCCGUGAUAGAUCGCAACGCGUCCCCCAACGAUAAUAUACCACCAUUCCCGCAUUCGAAUGCGCAGACUAUCGAGGCUACGCCAAUUCCAGAGGUUGAACCGAGUCGCGAGGGCCAAGGUAAUAGAGGCAACGCCUAUAUCCGCUGGGUUCAGGGCUCUUACGGAGCAUGGACUCGACCUAAACACGCAUCGAACGGCAGCUCAACAAUGAGAAAGCUCCUCUGCCUAGGGGGGCGAGGAAAGGCCAGAUCAACGAGAAGAAAGCUCAUAGAUUGCGCAAUAUCGGGGAUCCUGUUGGCCAGUGUCCUAACUACAUAUCUUGUUCUUGCCGUCACUUCUUCAGGGAAGAAGUUUGAAUUUCACGUCAUUUUGAUUCUCGCCAUGAUGGCUUGUACCAUAUAUUUCUGUCAUUCUCUGAUCCGCCUACUCAUGACUGCAAACCGGCGCCCAAGACGUCGUAUCCAGCGGGCUGCUGCUCCCAACAUGGUCGAGAGAUUUGCACAAAUUGACAGACCUAUCCCGGUCAUCGUCGCUAGCGACGUAGAGAUGGGCGUAGGGAUUGAAGGGGAAGAUGACGAAAGUAAACCGAAAGCCAUUGCAGUGCCACCUCCCGCAUAUGGUUUAUGGAGAGGCAGCGUGAAAAUGGACCCAAACCUGCUUUACUGGCAACGCGUUGAUUCGCAUAAAUUCGUCCACGGCCACUCUCAAAGUGUCAAUGAAGUUCGCCCGUCAACGGCAAACCGACCUCCAAGCUACAUAUCCGACGAUGGAGUUGAAUACACCGGCAGCUCCCAGCCCCAAGCCCAUCCACAACCACCAUCCAACUACGAUCCAGCAGCAUCGUUGGGCAUGCAGGAAAGCCAGAUUAGAGAGCUCCGCAAAGAAACAGAGCACAUGUUCUUCCAUGGGUUUGAGAACUACAUGAAAUAUGCCUUCCCCGAAGACGAGCUACGACCGAUAACCUGUCGACCGUUGACGCGCGAUCGAGAAAACCCGGCGCAUAUAGAACUCAACGAUGUCUUGGGCAAUUAUUCCGUGACGCUGGUGGACAGCCUGUCGACGCUGGCAAUACUAUCGUACCCGAACUCGACCGAUCAUAACGGCCGCAAGGCAUGGAGAUAUUUUCAAAACGGGGUGAGGGAUCUGGUGGAAUUAUAUGGCGAUGGUUCGAAUGGCCCUGGCGGGAUAGGGUCGCGGAGUCAAGGAUUCAAAGUCGAUAGCAAGGUCCAAGUGUUUGAAAGCGUCAUUCGAGGACUAGGCGGACUUCUGAGUGCCCAUCUAUUUGCUGUGGGAGACCUUCCAAUACGUGGCUAUGAGCCUCCCGAGAAGGAGAAAGAGUUCGCGAAACUCUGGAAUAAACCACCAGGCAGCGAGGGUGGGAUUGAAUGGGAAAACGGUUUUGUGUAUGAUGGACAGCUACUUAGGCUGGCCAUGGAUCUGGGAACCCGUCUCCUACCUGCCUUCUAUACGCCAACAGGAAUUCCAUAUCCUCGAGUAAAUCUCAGGGAUGGAGUUCCAUUUCACCCCAACUCCCCAUUGAACUCCGAGAGGUGGGCAGAAUAUGACGACGACGAGGUUUAUGAUGAUGAAGAUGAUACCCCAGUUGAGAUCACAGAAAAUUGCAGCGCUGGCGCUGGAAGCCUAGUUUUAGAAUUCACCGUCCUCAGCCGGCUGACUGGUGACGGCCGAUAUGAAGAGUUUGCAAAGAGAGCUUUCUGGAGCGUGUGGGAUAGAAGGAGCGAGCUUGGGUUGGUUGGAGCUGGAAUCAAUGCUGAGACUGGAGAGUGGACUCAGACUUAUACAGGGAUUGGCGCAGGCAUAGACAGCUUUUUUGAAUAUGCAUUGAAAUCACAUAUCCUGCUAUCAGAAGGCUAUCCCCCAGACUUCAAUGCAUCAGGGCCUUUCCAUCAAUAUGAUAACUACUUCUUACCGCUCCCGGACCAAGGUCAUUCGCCGGAUAGCUUCCUCAAGGUAUGGCAGGAAUCAUUUGAAGCCAUAAAGCACAAUCUAUAUAGGGGUUCCAGCUACCAGUACCCACACUAUAUACAAGGUGACAUGACUACAGGCGCAACCCGUGCUCUUUGGAUGGAUAGCCUGAGUGCAUACUUCCCGGGACUCCUCACUCUAGCUGGCAAUAUUGAUGCCGCAGCCGAAACUCAUCUACUCAAUACCGCCCUCUGGACUCGAUUCUCAGCCCUCCCAGAACGCUGGAAUGUGGCAACAGGAGAUAUUGAAGGCGGACUCGAGUGGUGGGGCGGUCGCCCUGAGUUCAUCGAAUCCACAUACUAUCUCUAUCGAGCAACCGAGGACCCCUGGUAUCUUUAUACCGGGGAGAUGGUAUUGCGUGACAUCAAACGGCGGUGCUGGGCAAAAUGCGGCUGGGCGGGCCUUCAGAAUGUCAAGAAGGGGGAUCAAAGUGACAGGAUGGAGAGCUUCUUCCUUGGGGAAACGACCAAGUAUCUCUAUCUUUUAUUUGAACCAUCGCAUCCCUUGAAUCGAAUCGACUCCUCCUUCGUCUACAGUACAGAAGGCCAUCCACUCAUACUUCCUACAAAGGCAAAACAGACAUCACCACCUCGUUUAAGGAAUGACUUAAAGGAAUAUGCAAAUGCAUCCGUUGGGAUCUGUGAGCCGCCGGCGGUGCGAAACCCCUUUGGCGUAUCUUCUACCGCUGCCAGGCCAGACGUCUUCCACGCAGCAAGCUUAGCACGUCUUCGCCUUAAACCGCCGAAAAGGCAACUUGAGUCUCCCAUCAUAGAGUUUUCGGUUGAUAACCCAAGUGUUACCCUUUCGGACCUAAAUUCUCCAUCAAAUUAUACUUAUUUCCCUUGGACACUCCCCCCUCUGCUAGUCCCACGCAACGCCACCAGCUCGCCGAUGGCUAUCAGACCAACGUUGGACCUGACUUUCCCUCCGUUAUCGAAUACAGUUCAGGGUCCUCCGAGAUUAGAACGUGUCGAGGGCGGAAUUUUAAUAAAAUCCUUUGGGGGCCUUCGACUAGGCAUGAUCCAAGACGCACCGCUCUAUUCCGGUAAUACUAUUUCUUCCAAGGAAGGAUUUCGUAUACAAGUGGUCAGCAACAUACCUUUGGGCAAGAAUGAGAAAGUCUACGUUUCCCGCGAGACGGCCAGUACAUUGAGUCCGACGGAUCCCAACUUCACGCAAACUCCCGAUAGCAUAAUGAUGGACGUCAUCAUCGAUGUUAAGCCGGACGUUGUUUAUCGAAAUAACUCGUCUUCAUCCGCCGCGUCUCUCUCCGACCAAGGGACAGUUGUCAGCGGAGGACCGAUCCUUGACUCUCCACCGCCCAAGGCCGUCGAGGAAGACAACGUUGAAAACCACAGGUCAGCACUCUCCUCCCUCCUAAGCCACGUAACGGCCCUGAUACGGGACGAACUCCAACAUCUCCCAUCCGUCACCCCUCCGAUAUUCCGCCGCCCAGUCGCUCGUUUCUCUAUACCUGCCAUCUCUUCCACCGGCAUAGGCUCCGUCCCCCCACCAGAUGAUGAGGAUGCAAUUUUCACCCCUCCCACGCCGAACUCCAAACGCUCAGCAACCCGCCUGUCGUGGUCCAGCAUCUACCUCGCUGGCCACCUAUGCGAACAACGCCUCCCAGCCUCUAUUCCGCGCACGCACCAAAUCAUAAUCGUGAAGCGAGGAGGCUGCACGUUCUCCGAGAAGCUGAGGAACAUCCCGUCGUUUCGCCCGUCGCGGUCAUCUCUACAGCUAGUCAUUGUCGUUUCAUAUCCGCAGCCGGGAGAUAGACGACGGAAGUCCCCGCCUAAGGACAACGACGAAGCAUCCCUCAUCCGGCCAUUGCUAGAUGAAAUGCAGACUGUGAUCGGGGGAUUCCCUCGACCUCAUCCGAUAAGCAUGGUGAUGGUGGGCGGCGGUGAUAAGACGUAUGAAUAUUUCAGCCACGCUUUGGGAGUUGGGAUCCGCCGAAGAUACGAGGUCCAGUCGCAGGGUAUACCAAUCAGCAAUCUAAUCGUCGUAUAA